AUGGCAUCAUCAUCAGUCAUCGCAAAACAAAGUACUUACAACGUUGUUACAACGGAUCUCAGUUCAUCUAUUGAGAAAAUUCAGGACUACAAAAGUUUAGAUUUAGAACCUUUCGAAAAAAGUCCAGUAUGGUCUGAUGAAUAUCUUUCACAACUGAACAUCCAACGUCGUCCUUUCGAUUUUCAAAUUGAACUCAUUCAAUCUGUUAUAAACAGUGGAAAUUCGAUUGUUAGUUUACGAACAGGUGCAGGAAAAACAUACAUAGCUGCACUUUUAAUAAAAUAUUAUUAUAUGAAGAAACGAAAAGAAAAAGAUGAACAGUUUUUAACAUUUUUCUUUGUUCCUCAUCGUUCAAUUCGUGAUCAACAAGUAACAGCUAUACGCGAUGUUGGCGAUCUUCGUGUUAUGGCUUGUGAUGAUAAUUCAACAGCUAAUGAAUUUGUUCAAUAUAGUCAUAUUGUUGUUUGUACACCACAAAAGUUUUUGAAUUGUUUAAUCGAUAAAACUAUUCUUUUAAAUCAAAUUGAUUUGUUAAUAUUCGAUGAAUGUCACAAUUGCAUUGGAAAUCAUCCAUAUUCGAAAAUUAUGGAACAAUAUUUAGUUUAUCAUCAAUUGGAACAUCAACCGAAAAUAAUUGGUCUUACUGCUUCCUGUGGAACAAAACUAACAAAUCCAAAAUUAGUACUUGAAGAAUUAUCAGAUGUUGAAAAGCGUCGAAAUAAUGCUCUCAAUAAGCUUUAUGAAUUAUGUGCAACACUCAAUUGUCAUAAUGUUGUAACUGUAAAAAAAGAAGAACAUAUAGAAGAAUUGAAUAAAAAAAUACAUCGACCAAUAGAUGAUCAAAUUCUCGCUGUUCAAUCAAUGUCAUUUGAUCAGUAUAUAAAAAAAUUAGAAGAAGUAAUUAAAUCUCUAUUAAGCUAUAUUGGAUCUAAAUGUUCUCCAAGUAUUGAUGUAUCAACCGAUGAACAACAAUUAGGUCAAGAAAAAAAUAAUGCAGAGAUAAAGAAUAAUUUCACUAAUGUGAUAUUGAUUAAAUACAUGAUUAUGUUUGUCAAAAGACUCGAUGCAUUAACUGAUUUACCAUUGAAAUCAAUAAUAAAUGAUAUUAUCAAGAAAAUUGAUCUAUUUUACAAUAAAAAAGAAACGCCAAUAGAAAUUGAAACUGAAAUUCAUCAUUAUUGUCUACAAAUAGUAAAUAGUAUAGUCGAUCGAUUAAAAGAAAGUGAAUAUUAUUUAACAAAUCCUAAGCUUGAUUUUUUGACUAAAAAAUUACAAGAACUUAUUAAACAAAGAGACAAUGCGAGAGGAUUAAUUUUAGUAUCACGUACACUUUAUGCAAAACUGAUGUUUGAUUAUUUCAAUGAACGUGAAGAUAUUAAAAACAUUAUAAAACCUUGUUGGCUUGUCGGUCAAAAUGGUGUUGAUUAUCAGAAUAGUCUUAGUGAACAAGAUGAAGCAUUGAAAAAUUUUCGAAAAGGAUUGUCGAAUGUAUUGAUUGCUACAGAUAUCGUACAAGAAGGUUUGGAUGUACCGGAAUGUUCUUUUGUUAUACGUUAUGAAUUUGUUUCAAAUGAAAUUGGCACAGUUCAAUCAAGAGGACGAGCUCGAGCAGAAAAAAGCUCUUUUUUUCUAGUUGUCGAUGAAGGUUCAAAAAAUCACAUUAAAGAGAUGACAACUCGUUUGAAAGAAUUAGAAAUGCUAGAAGCACUUAAUAGUUGGCAACAAAUAUCACCUGAUCAAUUGAAACUUAAUCUUCAAAAAGUGCAGAAUGGAAUUAUUAAUCAAUGGCGUGCCGAAGCGGAAUUGAAACAAAUAAUUGAAUCUAAUUUAGCAGAUUCACAAAGCAUAGAUGGCAAAGUUUCAUGUCGUUCAUGCGAUCAUUAUUUGGGUCAACUUUCAUGGAUGCGCAAACGAAAUAAUAGUUAUUUUAUUCGACAACAACAACUCACCGAACGAAUAGAAAUCGACUGCUUUUCUGAAGAACGAAUAUUCAAAGAAAUACAAGUGAAAGGAAAAGUUCUAUGUGGCAAUAGAAAAUGUCGUGAGGAUAUAGGUGCAGCUCAAAAAUUUACAGAUCGACCAGAUAUUCUAGAAAUAUGUGCACUUACGUGUAAAAAAUUGAAAUUCUCCUUCAAAGAUUUACACGGCAAUUAUCACAUUUCAAUGUUCCAAAAAUGGGCUGACGUUAGAUUUAAAAUACAUGAAUUAGAACCACCCAUGUCAACCAAUACACUACCUGUUCGACAGUAG